AUGCGUCUCCUCGACGUCAGGACGAAGCAGCUCGUCGACCGCAAACUCUUCGACAGCGCGAGGACGCGCUACGCAAUCCUGUCGCACCGCUGGCAGGACCCCGAGCUGACGCUGCAAGACCUCGCGGCGGCCAAGGGCCACGACCACCUCUGGAUCUACACGGCAGGCGGUCGUCCCUCGGCGGCGCCGCUGGCAGAGAUCGGAGCGAGCGAGUGGUUCAGGCGCGGCUGGACGCUGCAGGAGCUGCUCGCGCCCAAGACGGUCGAGUUCUACGACACCGACUGGCUGUUCGUCGGCACCCGGACGUCGCUGCAACGGGCCAUCAGCGAAGCGUCGAGCAUUCCGAGGCGCUUCCUGUCGGGCGAGAGCCAUAUCCGAUCCGCGAGCGUCGCGCAACGCAUGGUGUGGGCCGCCACCCGCCAGACGACCCGUCUCGAGGACCAGGCGUACUCCCUGAUGGGCCUCUUCGAUAUGCGUGUCCCGGUGAUCCGCGGGAGUCAAGAGAACGUCCGCAUCGCGCUGCUCAACUGCCGAAAUGUGGACGACGACAAGCAUUCCGUCAUGGGUCUCCUCACGGCGCGGCAACACGCCGCGGCCGAGUGGCACCGCGCGAGGCCCGUCAUAGCGCCGGCCGGCGGCUCGGACGACCCUGUCUUUGUGGUACCAUGGGAAGUAGCUCAGUAUGCGGAAUACGAAACCCUCGAGACGCUCUCCACCUCAACCUGGCACAGUGCCCUGCAGUUUCCCACCCCCAAUAUCGGUGGAAAAUGCGGCAGCAUCACCCUGCAGCUUGCCGACAACCUGCCCGAGCGCCUCCACGCCGUGACCCCUCGAGGCCGCUUUCGCCAGGCCGAUCGCUUCGUGCUGCCGGCUUUUGACGACUCGGGCCGUUGGCAAGAGGUCACGCUGUUCUUCGGACCCAAGUGGUCGCAGGACGUCGAGCCCGAGGCCGAACGAGGCUUCGCCGUCGUCAUGCGCCGCGCAGCUUCAGCGAGGCGUUUUGGGCCCUGGCCUGGCACUCUUCGCCCUUCGUUCGCGAACCUCCACGUCCAGUCGGCCCUCCACCAGAGCCACGGCCAGUACGUGCUCGAGAUCCGGCCUGGAACCCCGCCUUCGCUCAUAACGUCUGUUCACGACGUCUUCUUCCGGACAUCUCCAAUUUACAGAACCGCCAUCGCUAUCUUCCUCGUGCAACUCUACGUCCACGCCCGCACGCCCAGCUCGGAGACAUGGUCGAGCAAUCUGGUGUUCCUUCUCGGCCAGGUCUAUUUCUGCUGCGCCGCCUACUGGCAAAACUCAUGGCUCAGCAACCGCAUGCAGCUCGGGCGCUUGCGGCUCCUUGCUUUCCGACCCAUGAACAUCCUCCAACACUUGAUCCCGAUCGGGGGGUGGCCGGGGGUCGAUGAUGUGCUGCAGCACUGGGUGUGGCUAUCGAGCCACUGCCUUGCCUUCCUACUCCUUUUCAAGUCGCAAAAGGCUCUGGAAAGCAUGGGUGGUCCCGCGUUCUAA